AUUUUGGGGAUCUUCCACCUUGAAUGCCAUGACGGAUGGUCACGUUCUUGCUGAUUGUCCCUUCACUACGUCAUUAUGGCGAACGGUACGUUGCAACUCGGCAGGACUUCAAUUGGCAAAGCAGAGAUGGAAGUUCUUCACCGAGGCCCUCCUUCCGCAAGUUAUCCCUCUGUCUUCGCUGGACAUUCCACGUUUCACGUCGUCCUUACGAACACGUUCAGACUGACUCCCAGGUCGGUUCGAGAUUUCUUUGCACGGCCCCAUACAUUGGUGACAGAGCCCGAUUCCCUUCAGACAUGUCGUACCUCACUCGGACAUCAGCUCCUCUGCGGACUGCUGGGACAGCUUUCUCCUUCCGGUCAAUUGCAGCCAUUCACACCUCGUCUGCCCGUCUGGCACUGAGUGAAGACCAUGCUCACACCGAAGACCGAGCCGCCGACAUUGAGCGCCACAAAUCUGACAGUGUCGAGAAGGCCAAGACCGGUCGAGGAGAAUGGAAGCCCGAGCUAGCCUCUCAAAGCGAACAAGCCACCCGUGGUGACAAACAUAACCUGACGAUGGAGCAGAUGCAAAAGAUGGCCAAGGAGAAGGGCCAGCAGGAGGGGAAAGAAAAGUAAAGAGGUGGAUGACGACGAUAAUGGUCCAUCGUAGGCGGUGCUGAGGUCUACGAAUCCGAGUUCGACGCUUUACAGGGAGGAAGAAAAAAGAUUGUCAGUCGGUCGUCCCAGGAGGGAGCAAACUCAGGCAUCACAUAGCAAGAAUGAAUCUCGGAGGGGAACAGCAGUCCAGACCAUCAAAAUCCAACAGACGAGCGCACUGGCGUCCAUAAUUUGUACAUACCGGCUUUUAGUACCGUCGAGGACUGAAAAGUGUCUCGAUCCUCUUUGACACCGAAUCUCGAAUCUCGAGCCUCUUC